GACACACAGUUGGUGUGUGUUGAUGUUCAUGAAGGAUAGAAUUGGAAUUUAAAAAAAUGAGUUACAAUCUUGUUGUGGUUCAUUUGGUGGGUCUGUUUGUGAUUGUUUUGGGGGAUGGAGGAGGUCUGCUAUCUCCAUCUGAGUUGGAAAUGUUUGUUGAUGAAAUACCAGAUAUGCCCAAAAUCAAAGGCUAUCAUCUUCUUGAUGGUGUUCCUGUUUCCAGUUCCCUCAAAAUCACCAUGUUUCCAAAGUAUUGGAAAUUUCACAGGGAUCUCCCACCAACCAAGGUAUUCGCAUUCGGUGAAACGAAGCGCACCGCAACAGUCCCUGGUCCUACAAUCGAGGCCGUCCACGGUGUCAGCACUCAUGUGAGGUGGCAAAAUCGACUCCCUUCAAAACACAUACUCCCUUGGGACCCCACCAUCCCAACGGCUAUCCCUCGUACUAAUAAGGGCGUUCCUACGGUGGUGCACCUCCACGGCGGGAUCGAUGAACCUCAAAGCGAUGGAAACUCAAACUCAUGGUUCACCGCUCGAUUUCAAGAACGUGGGCCCACUUGGACCAAAAAGACGUAUCACUACCACAACAAGCAACAGCCAGGCAACCUAUAUUAUCAUGAUCACGCCAUGGGAUUGACCAGAGUCAACCUUCUUGCAGGUCUCUUUGGCGCCUAUAUCAUACGUCAUCCCGAAGUUGAGUCCCCGCUCGGACUCCCCUCCGGCGACGAAUUUGAUCGUCCGUUGAUCGUAUUCGAUCGGAGCUUCCGGACAGAUGGAUCGAUCUACAUGAAUUCCACCGGAAACAACCCCGAGAUCCAUCCGCAGUGGCAACCGGAGUAUUUUGGUGACGCCAUUGUUGUUAAUGGCAAAGCGUGGCCGUACAUGACCGUCCGCCGGAGAAAGUACCGGUUCCGUAUAAUCAACGCUAGCAAUGCUAGGUUUUUCAAGUUCUUUUUUGGCAACGGUCUCAGAUUCAUCCACGUGGCGUCUGACUCAGUUUAUAAUGACCAAUCAGUAUUGACCAAGGAGGUACUUUUGGGCCCAUCUGAGAUAGCUGACGUGGUUGUUGACUUUUCAAAGUCAAAAGCAAAUUCGGCUAUUUUACACAACGGUGCAGCUUACCCUUACCCCGGUGGAGACCCGGCCGACGAGAAUAACGGUAAAGUCAUGAAAUUCAUCAUCAACCACCACCGUGAGGUCGACUCAUCUCGAGUCCCUAAGAAACUAAUAGAAUAUCCGAUGCCAAGUUUGUCAGAAGUGACAAAAACACGUUAUAUUGCCAUGUAUGAGUACACAAGUGCAACUGACGAGCCGACUCAUUUGUAUAUAAACGCAUUGUCGUACGAAGAUCCAGUAACCGAGCAACCGAAGGUGGGAAGCACAGAGAUCUGGAAUGUGAUCAAUCUAACGGAGGAUAAUCACCCGUUGCAUAUCCAUCUGGGACUCUUUAGAGUGCUGGAUCAAACGAACAUAACAAACAUAGAAGAGUUUAAAGAAUGUAUGACGAAAAUUAACAAUGCUAAAAAAUGUCAUAUCGAAAAAUACGCACGUGGGAGAAAAUUGAGUGUGGUGCCAUACGAGAAAGGGUGGAAGAAUGUGUAUAAGAUGAAUCCCGGAUACAUCACGAAGAUCCUCGUGAAGUUCGCUUACAUACAUACAAACGCAUCAUAUCCCUUUGAUGCAACUGCAGAGCCCGGCUACGUCUACCAUUGUCAUAUAUUGGAUCAUGAAGAUAAUGCGAUGAUGAGGCCUUUGAAGAUGGUCAAAUGAUCGAAAAGAGGCUUAUACAAUGUCGAUUUUUAGAUUCUAGACAAAUGAAAGUGACGGGAAAAGGAAUAAGCAAAAUGUGAUGUUUAUAAUCGAUAAUCGUGCAUGUUAUCUGAGUUUUAGUUUCUAGUUUUUAUUUAUGAGAGACAAAUAUAAGUAUGGUCAUAUCAAUCGUAUUUAUCUGUUACAAGCUAAAAGUAUGAACAGUAAAAGUCAAGUAAUGAAGAGAUUUGUUGUUUA